AUGGACCAAGGCCCACAGUCGCCUGGAGCACGUUCUCACGGCUCUCGCACCUUUUCUUUCCGCAGCGAUAAGAGCGGUGGAUCCAAGCCGAAAGAGGACCUGCACGACUCGCCAAGGGAGAAGCAGCGCCGGGAUAGCAUCUGGAAGGCGACCAGCAAGGCGAAUCCAAACGCUGCGCUAUCCGAAGCUCAACCUGGAGUCAACGCCAUCUUCGAGGACACCACCAUCACGCCACUUCGCGGCAUACAGCACAAAGACACAACCGGCAAUGUCAUCACGGAUCCUGACUUGUCGAACCCGACCCGACCGCGCAUGGAGAGACCAUUGGACACCAUAAAAGCAUUCGAGAGAGCUAUUGAUAACGGGUAUAAGAGACGUUCUGGAUAUCAGCGGUCAGAAUCAUAUGAGCAAAGCACCCAGUAUGGUGGCAGCAGGAGGAACAGUGCCUAUGGUGGCCAUGAGGGCAGCAUGAGCCCCAACAGAUUCUCGAACGGCAACGGCGGUGGUUACUACGGCGGUCAACGAGACAGCUACGGUCCUGGGCCUAGCGGUCCCCCACGACGAUACCCUGCCCAGCGCAUGCAGUCCGAGCCGAUGAUGUACGGCGGCGGACCACGACCAUACCCACAUGGCCACCAAGCUUCGCAGGACACGAUGAACACGGGCGUGACGAAUGGGUCCGACAGCACAGGACCUUGGGCAAACAGCACAGACCCUAGCAGUGAGAACAGCUCGGUUGAGAGAGGUCCAUCUGCGCAGAAGCCGCAUGGCGAGUACCCGCCAAAUGGCUAUGGACACAAUGGAUACCAGAACGGUUAUGGACCUGGUGGCUUCCAGGGUCCUAUUCCAGAGGAAGGCGGCUCCUACCCCAUGGGUGGCGGCGCUCCACCAGUUCAGCCUCCAAACGCUGCUCGACGCCCCAUUCCUCUUGGAAACACGACAUCGGACACUGUGCCAGAGUUGCCAUCCACCAAGAGACCAGAGCCAGAGAAGAGAAAGAGCUGGUUGAAGCGCCGGUUUAGCAAGAAGGACUAA